CGAAAGAAACAAAAGCAAAAGAUAUGAUUAAAUUAAAUACAGAUUAUGGAUUAAAGCUUUACAAUGUCCGACAUUUGCAGACUCUGUUUAUCGUUUUCUAGUGAUAAUAUGCGGCCAUUAACCGAUUGUGAUGGUAUCGUGUAUAACAGCAUAAGUUUUAAGAUCCAUAUUCCCUUAAACAAUGUAUUUCCAAAUCAUAUAUGCGGCGUAUGUGUUAAUAAGAUGACCGAUUUUAAUAAUUUCUGCUUGCAAGUACAAAAAAACGAGGAAAAUCUGCUCAAAGAACUGAACAAAGGAAAAUACGCUUUAGACAAAUUUUACGAACAAUUAAAAAAUAAAAUCAAACAAGAAAACACACUGAUACAUGAAAAUCAAGAAGCCAUUGACAGUGUAAAAGAAAAUGAAGUAAAAAUUAAGACUGAAGUUAUUAAUUCCGACUGUGAUACUGAUUUUGAUCCCGAAGAUGAUGUACCACUUUUGAAAACAAGAGAUAGUAAUAUUGGACACACAGACACAAAUGUUACUAAAACUGAAAUAGAGAUUAAAGAGACAAAUGUUUCUCCAAGAAUUUUUAGUUUUAAAUGUCUUACAUGUUUUGAAAUAUUUAUUAGUCAAAAUAAAUUGUUAAAUCAUUACAACAGUGUACAUAAAGUCAAAGCGGAAACUAAAGGAAAUCAGUAUACACAAAUUGAUAGUGAUGAAAAAAUAUACAAAUGUAAUAAAUGUGACAAAACCUAUGAUAAUGUAAGAUCGGUAAAUAAACAUGCUAAAACACAUUGUGACGAAAAUUUCCAUUGUAAACUUUGCGGAAGGACAUAUAAAACUGUGUCAGAAAUCAUAAGACAUGGCAGAGCUCACAAUGGUAUGAAAAUGUCUUGCUCAUUGGGAUGUGGCUUUGCUACAGUGUACUCCGGAGCCCUGAAGAGUCAUGAGCGAAGGCACAAGGAGGAAUUUAAGUUCAAAUGUGAGACCUGUGGAAAGAGCUUCCAAGUGAAGACCUGGUAUGAACAGCAUCAGAACAUACACACUGGGGCUAAACCAUACACCUGCGAUAUAUGCGGAACGGCGUUUCAUAUGGACAGGUACCUGAAGGCUCAUUGCAGUGCCGUGCACCCUGAAGCGUCCUCAAAGAAACGUUACGUGUGCGUACACUGCUCCAAGCCUUGCGGGACUAUGAAGGCACUUACGAGGCAUUUGAAGGAGCAUGGUAUAACAUACAGUGUACUGUGCGAUCUGUGUGGUAAAACAUUAUCCAGCUCAGAGCAACUCGCGAUCCACAAGAGGCUACACACAGGCGUGAAACCAUAUUCCUGCAGCAUAUGCCACAAAGCUUUCGCAAGACGCUCAAAUCUAAAACUACACCACAUCACGCACAGCGGGGAACGCGCGCACGCUUGUACAGCGUGCGGCAAGCGCUACAGCCAGCGUAGCACGCUGCACAGACACGUGCACAGGCACCAUUCAUCCGAGAAGAAAUGCCCAAAGUGUGAUGCCACAUUCACCACCCACACUGAACUUGAAGCUCAUCAGAAAAUUUGUUCUUGAUGUUUUAUACAAUGUAGUAAUAAAUACUUUUUCGUAA